AUGGACGAUCAGCAUGAUGAAUACGAGGCGAUUGUCAUUUCUAGGUAAGGUUCGGCAACAUAUUCCUCACUAAUUCUGGUUUUAUAUGAUUGCUGUCUCUUUGUUAUUGUGCGUUUGCUCUUUCCUUUCAAUCACAUGACGGUUGAAUGUCAGUUCCACUCGCUUCUCUAUCUGCCUUCUUCUCAAAAAUCACGUGGUUUCCCGCAGCCCUUCUCACUCUCGUCCUUCAGAGUUGCCAUGGAGGAAAACAUGUUCGACCCGCAACCAGAUAUCCCUCGCAUUCGCAUCGAUUCGACCCACUCUUAUCAGCAGCGGUCUGUUUGAAAGAUAGAAGUCACGGUCUGUUUUCCAAUGCCAUCUUGCACUUUUUCAGCGAAACGAUGCUCGAGAAAUGCAACACUUACUACACACUCGCUGUCGUCAUUGCGCAAGUAAUCUUUUGUUAUACGGCAUAUCUCAUUUUAAUGUUGCAGUUAACGAUAGGAGUACUUGGAAACAGUCUGACACUAGUCGCGGAUGCUACGAGAAUAUUCGCUGAUCAUCUGGAACUUUUUCAAUACGACAGAGCUGCGACGCCAGGCAAAAGAUUAACAGAAAUAAUAACAGUUGGGAUCACAAACGUGGUCUUGUUCAUUCUGUUCAUUGCGUUCCUUUUGGCUGCAUCAGGAAGAGCGGCAACUAUGAAUUUUGAUGUGAGUCACAAAAUUGUUUAGUUCAACGAAUGUAUGUUGUUUUUCAGAUCAACAGAGGUUACUUGAUUGUUGGUACUGCUUUAGCCAUGACUGCUAACACUCUCCAGACUCUCUGUCAUUUCCGAAGUGAGUCGUUUCUCUUCACGUGUAAUGUUUUCGAAUUGUCACCCACGGAUUCAAGUGACAGUAGAAAAAUGUUCACUAAUGAGGGCGGGAAGGGUUCACAAAAUUCCUCUAAAGCCACAAGUAUUUUUCUAUUGAAAAGUUACUUUUAUGAAGAUGAAUAUAUUUAGCUUGGCAACGAGACCGUAGUUACAACAUCACUCUGUAUACGGAAUCGAAGAGGAACCAGCUAAUGCACGGAUUUGUUUACCAUUUCAUAGCGUACUUUGUCCUCGUCUCUUCGAUGCUCAUAAUUGUCAAUGUAAGUUUCCCUUCCCCCUUCUCCUGUUUCACAGCCGUCAUUAUCCUUGUAUUUCAGAAAGACUACCUUCUAGCCGACGUCGUCACGACCUACGCAGCAAGCCUUCUCAUUCUCACGAACAUCGCCUCGAUUAGUUAUCAGUUGUACCACGAGUACUUCUCCCUCGAACACCCCCAGGACGAGUACGAGCCAAUUUGA